UUUUUUUUGUUGUUGUUGUUGGUUUCAAAUACUUCGGCGCGUGCCCUCCGCUUCCGCGCAGGCGCGCCCAAAGAACUUUCGGGGGGGAAGCCGGCGCAGCCCCGCCCCCUUCGUAAGCCCCGCCUCCUACUCCUGCGUCUUCCUCCUUCGCCUCAGGUUCUUCUCCUCAGCCGCCGGGGGCUUUGGAAGCGAGAAGGUGGGCUGAGGGUAGAAGAAAUUGAUUGUUCCAUUUGCCUUGAGGAAGAAGACACAAGCAAAAAGGUGAUGAAUGAGGUCAUUCGUAUCCACACGUGGCCCUGCUCCUAUUACAUCAACUCUGAGAAACGAUGGAUUUCUGGCAAACUCUGCCUGACACCCAUUUCGGUCAGAUUUACAGCUGACAAAUCUGGAGAGGUCCUGGCUGACUUCCAUCUCUCUGGCAUCAGUGAGAUCAAGAAGGAAUCUUCCAACUUCAUCUUCAGUUCCCUCACUGUUUUGGAAAAGAGCACCAAGCACUGGUUCAGUUCCCUUCAGCCCAACCGAAAUGUUGUUUUCAAUAUCCUUGAGCACUUUUGGAGGGAACAGCUGCUCUCCUCGGAGGGGGCUGCAGCCGGGGCCGUUUGCCCCCAAACAUCCAAGGGGCAAGAGCUGACCGGCUUGCUGGCGGGAUCCCAGAAACGGCUAGAAGACACUGCAAAGGUGCUUGAGCACCAGGGGGAACAGUUUGAUAACAUCAUGAAAGGGCUGGACAAGAUUGAAUCAGAGAUGGAUGUAGCAGACAGGUUAUUGUCAGAACUGGAAUCUCCCGCUUGGUGGCCAUUUGGUAGCAAACUGUUGAAGGGGCCAUUAAACGUAAAGCCAAAGGAAAUCCCUGCCGUUUCUGAUUCUGGAAACAAGGAUGGAGUAAUAUUGCGAAUCCCAGUUAUUAUCACUGAAAGGACAGAUUCCAACGUCAAGCCAGGCAAACUCGCCCUCCUGGCUUCUGGCCUGGAGAUCAGCAAUUCCAACUCUCAGCUCCUUCACUGGUUUGACAAGAAGGAUGUAGACGAUGUCAAAGUUCAUACACCAUAUGAAAUAAGCGUCCGCCAGAGGUUCAUUGGGAAACCAGACAUCAGCUAUCGGCUGCUGUCAGCAAAGAUGCCGGAAGCCAUCCCCAUCUUAGAGAUGCAGUUCAGCAAGAAAAUACAGUUCAUGGAAGAUGCUUUGGCAUUUGCUGGGGCAAGGAAGACUCAUCAGGAAGAUGUUGGCGCUUCCAUUUGGCAAGCAGCAACAGGACUGAUAGGAAACAUAGUGCAAUCUGGACCGGCACCCUCCUCCUCGCGAGGAGCAGAAGGAAGCCAGCAGGCUCAGAUACAGAAGCAAGAACAGGUGGUUUCAGAGUCUGAAACUCAGGAACUCAAACAGAUUCUCCGGAAACUCAAGAGCCUGGCCUUGGAAACGGAGACAGAACUGGAAAGGCAGGACGAAGCCCUUGAUGGCAUCACUUCUUCUGUGGAUCGCGCCACCAUGAAUAUUGACAAACAAAACCGCAGAAUGAAGAAACUGACGUAGCGCCCCCGAGAAGCUGGUUGCAGAAAUGGCUGCUUGGAGCUCAAGCCAUAAGAUCUCCAAUGUUUGUGUUAGCUGACUGAAUUCCCGAGAGGGCUUAGGACUGGAAGAAACAAAUGCUGAGCAAUGGAGGUGAUUUUGAUAAGCCCCUUCUAAAUUGCAGUGAAGUUCUGCUAAAGUAUGAGGAGCUUAAUCUCUACUGCUGGAAUCGGGCAGUAUCCUGAUUGGUGGCAGAUUUGAGAAUACUUCCUUGCAUGCUCAUUGACUUUUUGAAAGAAAACUGCACUGUGCUUCAAGGGAAUGAAUAGAAUAGAGCAGUGUGUUGGGGAGACUCCUGAAGUCCACUCAUGGUAAUGUAGGCAAAGCAUGAUUUGCAAAUGAUGCAUUUUAUGACUAACAAUAAUUGAAAAUUUAGAAUAGCACUUUUAGUUGCUGUGUUUAUUCAGCCAUAAGGGAACUGACUUGCCUUGGCAGCAUGUGAUCAGUGAAUCACUAUACCUGCUGGAUUGGGGCCAAUAUUUAUUUAUUAAUUAAUUUAUUUAUCUCACAUUUUUAUCCUGCCUUUCCUUCAAGGAACUCAAGGCAAGCAUAUAUGCGCUCUUUCUUCCUGUUUCAUCCUCACAACAGCCCUACGAGGUUAGGCCAAGAGGCAAUGACUGGCCCCAGGUCACCCAGUGAACUUCCUGGCUGACUGCGGAUUCGAACCCUGGUCACCUGGGUCAUACUCCAGCACUCUUAACCACUACACUGCACUGGCGUAUCCAUAUUUUCCAGUUUUCUGUUUCCACCAGCAGUGAGUGACCCAGAUGCAGCUGCUCUUCCUUUUCUGUUACCAACAACUUUGCAUUUUUGAGAUAUACUACUGCUUCUGAACGUGGAGGUGCCAUUGGACUAUUGUGGCUAAUAACCGGACUCAAAAUGCAUCAGUUUGCCUAAUCUCUUUUUCAGGCCAUCUAAACUAGUGGCAAUCACCUAUUGACUUAAUUGGAAUCACUGUCAGUUCGUGCCAGUGAUCUGGAAGUGAAAUCCUCUUCUAUUUCUACUGUCUUUUCUAAACAGAUACUUAAGAGGAAAAGCGUGAGGCGCCCCUCUUUGAAAAGCCAGUUUUAGAUGCCUGUGAUACACUGUACAUAUUUAAUAUCAUUGAAAAAAGAAACAGCCGCAAUGUUUGAACUUCAUUGUUCCUAUGGCUAUACAGUCUAUUUAGCUGAAUAUGAUUGAAUUAUUACCAAGAAUUACUUCAUAAAACAAGUUUUAGAUGUGAUGUAAUAGUUCAUAGGAAGAAUCCAGUCCUCCUUACCUUUGGUUUCUCUGGUGUUGAACACAGUAGUUCAGUGCCAUUCUAAAUUUACCUCGGCAUAACCAUGUGUCUUAUGUCAAAGCUAGUUCUAAAAGUUGAAUUUGCCGAUUUAUCGUUAUUCGCUCUGGACUUACUGAACUCUGUGAGAAACUUGGGAUCCAGAAGUAACAUUUGUGAAUUAAGUGUCAGAUUAAGUGUUUUCUCCGGCACCUGAAUUUGAAUUCGGGGGCAGUUUUUGCAAAAUUGAAAAAAAAAAAAGCAGUUUUUGCAUUUCAGCCAGAAGACCCAUUAGGUUCUCUAAACGUCUACAGACAAAAAUGUGUUUUAGCUGUACUUUAAUAUUACUCACAUGUAUAUUGCCUGCUAAUUGCACUUUUAGAGCAAAUUAGUUUGAAGAAAAAGUAAUGCUGUGCCAAAUUUAGGUGAGGUUCCUUUUCCAGUGCAUGGGGUGGGGGUGGGGAGUGAGUGGAAUCUUUGAAAAAUCCUAUCCACUAUUCCCAAUAUUUUGAACUUCUCUUUUUUUGCAGGUGUUGUUAGCGUGCUUCAACACACACACACUUUAAAAAACCAAGCAACCACACCAGAAUUAUAGAAUUUUAGAGCUGGAAUGGGCUACAGGGUCAUCUAGGCAG